AUGUGGUUGGUUGUCAAACCGAAUUAAUUAUCCGUUACUACCCAUCACCGACUACCGUUGGAUGUUCUGCUCGUUGUGACCUUGUCUCUCUCUCUCUGACGCUGAGAACAUUCUCAAUAUCGUAUUUUAUUUUUCCGACCCGUUUUAGUCUGCCUGUCUCCAGUCUGUAGUCUGUCUCCAUCUCCAUGGAUACCUCGGGUGUGCUGGAGGAGUCCUGCCUGCUGCAGAGAGGCAGAUCUCACAGCGACCCGAGCAGCAUCACCGCGGAACCUCGUGCCGCCGGAGCUACCGGAGAACAGCGUACUGCAGCAGUGAUGGAGCAGCAGCAGGAGGAGGGUGCUCCAGGGGGUAUGGUCUCGGGGGUGAGGACCCCUCCCGUCAGGAUGAACAGUAAACUGGCCAGUCUGGGACGGAUCUUUAAACCCUGGAAGUGGAGGAAAAAGAAGCAGCAGAACUCUUCAGCUGUAGAGAGGAAGGCAGCAGUACCACAGACCCUAGACCAACUGGUUAGGAGGGGUCUGGAGACCCCGGACCAACUGGUUAGGAGGGGUCUGGAGGGGACUGAGCCAGAGUGUUGUGAGGCGUGUGGGGGGGUAGAGGACCCUCCCAGCCUAUCAGAGGAAGAGGACCCUCUGGCUCCACUGGCAACCACCUCAGAGGACCUGGUCAGCGACGAAGACAACCCCUCUACAGUGAUGGACCUGACAGAGGAUAAUGUGAUGGUGGCCGUCCCCAACCAGAGUGAGGAGGGAGGAGAGGAUGCUUCCCUCUGUGAGUCCUGUGUGGACAACUCUCUGGGACAGGCUAAGACAGGAGGGGGACAGGCUAAGACAGGAGGGGGACAGGCUAAGACAGGAGGGGGACAGGAGACCCCCCACCCAAUGGACCCCCCACCCUGCCGGGCCGGCACCCCGCCACCCCCCAACCGGCCCAAACUACUGACCAGGCUGGGCAGUCUAGAGGGUCCUCACCCUUUCCCUAAGUCGGGUGCUAUCCCAGAAAGGAAGAAGUCUCCAGCCACCUUCCCCAGGAACUUCACUCUGCCCAGAACCUCCCCGGAUUCCUUGCUGAGAGGACGGAUCACCACACCUACUGGCUCUCCCCACCUGGGGAUGCUGCACCCCCCACCACCACCCAGCUGCAUCAUUGAGGAGCUCCAUCGCGCUCUGGCCACCAAACACAGACAGCACAGUUUCCAACCAAAGGAGAUACACUCUUCUCCGAAGCGUCGAUCCGACGGUCAUACAGCCAGCGUGGAGAAAGAGCUGUUCGGAGCCUCGGAGAGAGAGAAGGAGAGAGAGAAGGAGAGAGAGAAGGAGAGAGAGAGGGAGUCAGAUGAGAACAAGGAGAACAGACGUCUAGACGAUCCUGACCGCUGGAACGACUCCGUCAUCUCCGGCACCCUGCCGCGGCGGAUGCGUAAAGAGCUGUUAACGGUGAAGCUUCGGAACCGGCCCAGUCAGCAGGAGCUGGAGGACAGAAACAUCUUCCCUGUUCGCUCAGACCUGGAGAGACAGGAGAUACGACAACACAUAGAGACCAAGCUGGCCAAGCGGCUGAGCCAGAGACCGGCGGUAGAGGAGCUGGAGAGUCGGAACAUCCUCAAACAGAGGAACGACCAGUCAGAGCAGGAGGAGAGGAGAGAGAUCAAACAGAGACUCAACAGGAAGUUGAACCAGCGUCCAACAGUAGAUGAGUUAAGGGACAGGAAGAUACUGAUUCGAUUCAGUGACUAUGUUGAGGUGGCCAAGGCUCAGGACUACGACCGCAGGGCAGACAAACCCUGGACAAGGCUGUCUGCUUCAGACAAGGCAGCAAUAAGGAAGGAGCUGAAUGAGUUCAAGAGUAACGAGAUGGAGGUUCACAAUUCCAGCAAGCACCUGACAAGGUUCCAUCGGCCGUAGUGUAGUGGUGGUUUCUUCUGCAGAAGCUGGGUGGUCCAAUUAUCAGUGAAGACCAUGUGACAGUGUUCCCAGGCCCCUACCCACGGCCCCAGACUGUCCUGUCUUGAUAUGUGGGCUAGUUCCCGGACGUUCGACCUACAGAUAUCUGUCUGUCUUUGUGCCAACUUGGAGGCUGUCUGUCUCUCUGUUUGUCACCAUGGAGGCUGUGUCUCUAGAGCUGGAGGAAAGAUACAGGAAACAUCAGACUGAUAAACUCUUAACUCUCAAAACAUCUCCGGUCGCUUUCUCCUAGACGUCAACCAAUGAGAAAAAAGAUGAACGAAAAAGAUGACAGCACUUGUUAGUUCACAAGUUGUUUCUCUCGAUUCACUCCAUACCAGCAGUCUAAAAGAAUCAGAAAACUAUUGCCAUGCAACAAAUGUUGAUAAGAAAUUCUCUUGGUGUUGAAGGUUAAAAAUCAUCUUACGAAGAAGGCUAAAGGAUGAAAGAGUACAUCCCUGAGACUGCUGCUGUGGAAUAAACUGAAAGAAAUAACGGUGACUGUGAGUGCUGGGGGUCUGGUUUCAUAGAUCAGACACAGGAGGAACUACGAUGAGCCACCAACCUGGAGGAACCAGCCUGAUCGCUGCAUUCACCAACCUGGAGGAACCAGCCUGAUCGCUGCAUUCACCAACCUGGAGGAAC